CUCGCGAGCGCCGCGCGCCCAGGCCCGGCUCGCAUGCGAGUCACGUCCGCCCCCUCGGCGAGGCCGCCCCGAGACGCCGGCCCCGCCGAGUGAUGAGAACAGACGUCAAACUGCCUUAUGAAUAUUGAUGCGGAGGCUAGGCUGCUUUCGUAGAGAAGCAGAAGGAAGCAAGAUGGCUGCCCUUUAGGAUUUGUUAGAAAGGAGACCCGACUGCAACUGCUGGAUUGCUGCAAGGCUGAGGGACGUGAACGAGGCUAGCCAACAUCAUCAUCAAACCCUCUCAAGAUUGUCUACUUGCCCUUGCUCCUGUUGAGUUACCACACUUGGAAGCAGGAGAUGGGCUCAGCAGCAGCCAACAGGCCAUGAUCCAGGAGUAGCAGUAAGGGAUAAAGCUGCUGAAUUCAUUCAGAGGGCAGCCUUGUGGAUGGCCCCGAAGCAAGCCUGAUGGAACAGGAUAGAACCAACCAUGUUGAGGGCAACAGACUAAGUCCAUUCCUGACACCAUCUCCUUCUCCCAUCUGCCAGACAGAACCUCUGGCUCUAAAGCUCCAGAAUGGAAGCCCAUUAACUGAGAGACCUUAUCCAGAAGUAAAUGGAGACACCAAGUGGCAGUCUUUCAAAAGUUAUUAUGGAAUACCCCAUAUGAAGAGAAGCCAGAAUAGUCGCGUGAGUCCGGACUUUAUACAAGAAGGCAGAGGGUAUUCCAGGUGCUUGCAAAAUGGAGGAAUAAAGCGCACAGUUAGUGAACCUUCUCUCUCUGGGCUUCAUCAGAACAAGAAAUUGAGACAAGACCAAAAGGCUAAUGGAGAAAGAAAUAACUUCGGGGAAAGCCAAGAAAGAAAUCCAGGCAAAGGCAGCAGUCAACUGAAUGUCUCCGAUUUGAGUGAUAAGAGAGAAUCCGUGAGCUCUGUAGCCCAAGAAAAUGCAGUUAAAGAUUUCAUCAGUUUUUCAACACAUAACUGCAGUAGGUCUGAAAAACCAGAGCUUCGGAUUCUGAAUGAGCAGGAAGAGAAAAAUGCUAACUACCAUGACAAGAACAUUGUAUUACUUCUUAAAAACAAGGCAGUGCUAAUGCCUAAUGGUGCUACAGUUUCUGCCUCUUCCAUGGAAAACACACAUGGUGAACUCCUGGAAAAAACACUGUCUCAAUAUUAUCCAGAUUGUGUUUCCGUUGCGGUGCAGAAAACCACAUCUCACAUACAUGCCAUUAACAGUCAGGCUACUAACGAGUUGUCCUGUGAGCUCACUCACCCAUCGCAUACCUCAGGGCAGACCAAUGUCCCACCGACCUCGAACUCUGAGCUGCCUCCAGAGCCAGUUGCAGUGGUGACCGAGGCCCGUGAUGCUGACAAAGCCAGUAAGACAGCUGCAGUGAUAGGGACCUGUCCCUUUCAGAAACCAGAAAAACAAAAAUCAGUUUUUGACAUAUGCCUGUCGCGUGCUGAAAACAGUCCUAUACAAGGAACCACAAAGCUGGUAUCUGGUGAAGAAUUCUGUUCAGGUUCCAGCAGCAAUGUGCAGGCUCCCAGUGGCAGCUCUGAACGGUAUUUAAAGCAAAAUGAAACAAAUGGUGCUCACUUCAAGCAAAGCUCAGUGUUCACUAAGGAUUCCUUUUCUGCCCCUACCACAUCACCACCAUCACAAUUGCUUCUUUCUCCCCCUCCUCCUCUUCCACAGGUUUCUCAGCUUCCUUCAGAAAGAAAGAGUACUCUGAACGAUGGAGUUUUGGAAGAACACCAUCACUACCCCAACCAAAGUAACCCAACUCUUUUAAGGGAAGUGAAAAUAGAGGGUCAACCUGAGGCACAGCCAUCCCCGAGUCCUAAUCCAUCUACACAUGCAUCCAGCCAUUCUCUGAUGCUUCCAGAAAGGCCUCAGAGUAAUUGUGUUAACAAGAAUGACAUGCAGACUCCAGGGAUGAUGACGGUUCCAGCAUGUUCUGAGAAAGCGAGACAAAUAGCAGAACACCUCAAGCAUAACCCACCAAUUCUUGGUAGCAGUGGGGCUCCACAGGACCCCUGCCAGCAGUUGAUGGGACACGAAGAGCAAGAUAUGCCGAAGGGUCGAGACAAGGAACAAACACGAGGUCUUGUGCUCCCGGCACAGCACUAUCUGAAACCGGGGUGGAUUGAAUUGAAGCCCCCUCACUUUCGUCAAGCAGAAUCGCACCCAAAGUGUCAUGAGGCAUCACUGCGGUCAGUUCUUCAGUAUCAGUCCAACCCCGCCAAUCAAAUGACCUCCAAACAAUACACUGGAAAUUCCAGCUUGCCUGGGGGGCUCCCAGGGCAGGCUUACAUCCAGAAAAUAAUGCAGCCAGAGCAGAGGCCACAAAGGUACCAAGGUGAGAUGAAUCCAGGGCAGUCUCAAGGUACAGUGGACCAGCAGCUCCAUUUCCAAAAACCCUCACUCCAGGUGCACUUCUCCAAGACAGACCCUUCAUCCAAAGCUCACGUGCAGUCAUUGUGCACCCACAGGUUUUAUUUUGAACAAAGACCAGAUUCCCAAAGUGAGAAACUCAUACCCCCAACGUUGAAACAGCACUUGAAUCAGCAGGCUUCAGAGACUGAGCCAUUCUCAAACUCACACCUUUUACAACACAAGCCUCAUAAACCGGCAGCACAAACACAAACACAACCAUCCCAGAACUCACUUAUGUCUCAAAACCAGCAGCAGCAGCAGCAAAAAUUACAAAUGAAGACUAAAGAACAAAUGCCCCAGACUUUCUCUCAUCCCCAAGGCAACAAUGAUCAGCAAAGGGAAGGAUCAUUCUUUAGCCAGAUUAAAGUGGAAGAAUGUUUCCGUGGUGAAAAUCAGUAUUUGAAAUCAAGUGAGUUCCAGACUCAUACUACUCAAAUGGGAUUGGAGCAAGUACAGAAUAUGAAUAGUAGAAAUUACCCCUAUGGUCAGAUCUUGAAAUCAAAUGAAAGCAAACUACAGAUUUCUUGUUCAAACAGUACACACCUAGUUCCAGAAAAUAAAGAACAGACUAUAAAUUCUGAACUCUUUGCAGGAAACAAGACCCAAAACUUGCAUCACAGGCAAUAUUUUCCAAAUAAUGUGACUCCAAAGCAAGAUGUUCUUCAUAGGUGCUUUCAAGAACAAGAGCAGAAGCCUCAACAAGCUUCAGUUCUACAGGGAUACAGAAGUAGAAACCAAGAUAUGUCUGGCCAGCAAGCAGCACAGCUCCCUCAGCAAAGGUACCUGAUGCAAAACCAAGCAAAUGCUUUCCCUGUGUCUGACCAGGGAGGAAGUCACAUUCAGACGCCUCCCCAGAAGGACAUUCAAAAGCAUGCUGCUCUAAGGUGGCAUCUCUUGCAAAAGCAAGAACAGCAGCAGAUACAACAUCCCCAAACUGAGUCUUGUCAUAGUCAGACGCACAGGCCAAUUAAGGUUGAACCUGGAUCCAAGCCCCAUACCUGUAUGCGCCCCAUGUCGGCACAGCCAGAAAACAAAACAUGGAAAAAGAUAACUAAGCAAGAGAUUCCACCCCCGAGUUGUGAUAAUGUGCAGCAAAGGAGCAUCCUUGAGACCAUGGAGCAACAUCUGAAGCAGUUUCAGGUCAAAUCAUUAUUUGACCAUAAGGCUCUAACUCUCAAAUCACAGAAGCAAGUAAAAGUUGAAAUGUCAGGGCCAGUCACAGUUUUAACUAGACAGACCACUGCUGCAGAACUUGAUAGCCACACCCAAGCUUUAGAGCAGCAAGCAACUCCUUCUUCAGAAAAGACACCAACCAAAAGAACAGCUGGUUCUGUUCUCAAUAAUUUUUUAGAGUCACCUUCCAAAUUACUAGAUACUCCUAUAAAAAAUUUAUUGGAUACACCUGUCAAGACUCAGUAUGAUUUCCCAUCAUGCAGAUGUGUAGAGCAAAUUAUUGAAAAAGAUGAAGGUCCUUUUUAUACCCAUCUAGGAGCAGGUCCUAAUGUGGCAGCUAUUAGAGAAAUCAUGGAAGAAAGGUUUGGACAGAAGGGUAAAGCUAUUAGGAUUGAAAGAGUCAUCUAUACUGGUAAAGAAGGCAAAAGUUCUCAGGGAUGUCCUAUUGCUAAAUGGGUGGUUCGCAGAAGCUGCAGUGAGGAGAAGCUACUGUGCUUGGUGCGGGAGCGAGCUGGCCACACAUGUGAGGCUGCAGUGAUUGUGAUUCUCAUCCUGGUGUGGGAAGGAAUCCCAUUGUCCCUGGCUGACAAACUCUACUCGGAGCUCACUGAAACGCUGAGGAAAUACGGCACUCUCACCAAUCGCCGGUGUGCCCUGAAUGAAGAGAGAACCUGUGCCUGUCAAGGGCUGGAUCCCGAUACCUGUGGUGCCUCCUUUUCUUUUGGUUGUUCAUGGAGCAUGUACUACAAUGGAUGUAAGUUUGCCAGAAGCAAGAUCCCAAGAAAAUUUAAGCUGCUUGGGGAUGACCCAAAAGAGGAAGAGAAACUGGAGUCUCAUUUACAAAACCUGUCCACUCUUAUGGCACCAACAUACAAGAAACUUGCACCUGAUGCAUAUAAUAAUCAGAUUGAAUAUGAACACAGAGCACCAGAGUGCCGACUGGGUCUAAAGGAAGGCCGACCAUUCUCAGGGGUCACUGCAUGUUUGGACUUCUGCGCUCAUGCCCAUAGGGACUUACACAACAUGCAGAAUGGCAGCACAUUGGUAUGCACCCUCACUAGAGAAGACAAUCGAGAAAUUGGAGGAAAACCUGAGGAUGAGCAGCUCCAUGUUCUGCCUCUCUACAAAGUCUCUGACGUGGAUGAGUUUGGGAGUGUGGAAGCUCAAGAGAAGAAGAAACAAAAUGGUGCCAUUCAGGUGCUGAGUUCUUUUCGGCGAAAAGUCCGGAUGUUAGCAGAGCCAGUCAAGACAUGCCGACAAAGGAAACUAGAAGCCAAGAAAGCUGCAGCUGAAAAGCUUUCCUCCCUGGAAAACAGCGCAAAUAAGAAUGAAAAGGAAAAGUCAGCCUCAUCUCGUACAAAACAGAUUGAAAAUGCAAGCCAGACUAAACAGUUGGCAGAACUUCUGCGACUUUCAGGACCAGUCAUGCAGCAGUCCCAGCAGCUCCCGCCCCCACCCCCGCCGCUGCAGAAGCAACCUCCACAGCCACAGAAGCAGCCACCCCAACAGCCACCCCAACAGCAGCAGCAGCCCCAGCAUCACCCCGUGACGAAUAACCCUCAGUCAGAGUCUGGCAACUCCUACUCUUCCUCUGGAUCAGCCAAUCUUUACAUGAGGCGGCCCAAUCCAGUUAUCCAAGCUUAUCCGGGCUCUUCACACACUUCAGAUAUUUAUGGAGGCGCCAGCCCUAUGAACCUCUAUUCCACCUCAUCCCAAGCUACAGGUUCAUAUUUGAAUUCUUCUAAUCCCAUGAAUCCCUACACAGGGCUUCUGAACCAGAAUAAUCAAUAUCCAUCAUAUCAAUGCAAUGGAAAUGUAUCGGUGGACAACUGCUCCCCGUAUCUGGGUUCCUAUUCUCCCCAGUCUCAGCCCAUGGAUCUAUACAGGUAUCCAAACCAAGACCCUCUCUCUAAGCUAAAUUUACCACCCAUCCAUACACUUUACCAGCCGAGGUUCGGAAAUAGCCAGAGUUUUUCCCCUAAGUACUUAGGUUAUGGAAACCAAACUAUGCAGGGAGAUGCCUUCAGCAGUUGUACUCUUAAAACAAAUGUACACCAUGUAGGGACAUUUCCUCCUUAUUCCACUCAUGAGAUGGAUGGCCACUUCAUGGGAGCCGCCUCUAGAUUACCACCCAGUUUGAGCCAUCCAAACAUAGACUAUAAGAAUGGUGAACAUCCCCCAUCUUCUCAUAUAAUCCAUAACUACGGUGCAGCUCCAGGCAUGUUCAACAGUUCUCUUCAUGCCCUGCAUCUCCAAAACAAGGAAAAUGACAUGCUUUCCCACACAGCUAAUGGGUUCUCUAAGAUGCUUCCAGGUCUUAGCCAUGAUAGAACUGCUUCUGUCCAAGAAGGCUUAUACAAAUUACAGGAUGCCGGUAACCAGGAAAAGCAGCCUUCUGCCCCCGAGGACAAUGAUGAAGUCUGGUCAGACAGUGAGCAGAGCUUUCUAGAUCCUGACAUUGGGGGAGUGGCUGUGGCUCCAACUCAUGGGUCAAUUCUCAUUGAGUGUGCCAAGCGCGAGCUUCAUGCCACAACCCCUUUAAAGAAUCCCAAUAGGAAUCACCCCACCAGGAUCUCGCUGGUCUUUUACCAGCAUAAGAGCAUGAAUGAGCCAAAACAUGGCUUGGCGCUCUGGGAAGCCAAAAUGGCUGAAAAAGCCCGAGAGAAAGAGGAAGAGUGUGAGAAGUAUGGGCCAGACUAUGUGCCUCAGAAAACCCACGGCAAAAAAGUGAAACGGGAGCCCACUGAGCCGCAUGAACCUUCCGAGCCCACUUACCUGCGCUUUAUCAAGUCCCUUGCUGAAAGGACCAUGUCCGUGACCACAGACUCCACAGUAACUACAUCUCCAUAUGCCUUCACUCGGGUCACAGGGCCUUACAACAGAUACAUAUGAUGUCGCUCCUUGUGGUGGGUACCUCAUUUGAA